AUGGCAGGUUUUCAGUUGGUGGUUUUAUCAGAGGAGAAUUUCUCAAGAUCAAAACGAAACCUCCUCUUUAAAAAGAAAGAAAGUACUGGCCAGACAGAAAGCAAAAGUGUUCCCAGCGUCCUGCCGAGGAGCCGUGUCACGGGGGACCUCUGGGUCUUUGUUGAGAGACGUGCCCAUGUAUUUGCCGGAAUAUAUAUGUAUUUAUUUGCGUGCGUUCUUGGAAUUAUGGAUUCUUUGCUGGUAGCCGGCGAUUUCCUGUGCAGAAGGUCACUGGCUACGAGAGACGCUCCACGCGGAAUUGAGAAAACAACCUAG